AUGCUUUCUGCCAAGCCCGUCAACACACCUAUGGCAGUCUCUCCGAAAUUCACCUUGCAUUCAGGCAUCAGACUCACCGAUCCUUCUGAAUAUCGGGCUACACUUGGCAGUCUGCAAUACUUGGCUUUCACUAGGCCUGAUCUCUCUUAUGCGGUCAGUAAACUCUCUCAAUUUAUGCAUGCGCCUACAACUGAUCAUUGGCUUGCGGUCAAGAGACUUCUUCGGUAUCUAGCUGGUACAGCAACUCAUGGAAUCUUCCUCAAGAAAGGCAACAACUCCACACUUCAUGCAUAUGCUGACGCUGAUUGGGGAGGUGACAUAGACAACUAUGGUUCUACAAAUGGAUACAUUAUUUAUCUCGGCUCACAUCCCAUCUCCUGGUCCUCAAAGAAACUACAAGGAGUGGCGAGGUCAUCGACAGAAGCUGAAUACAGAUCAAUGGCGAACACUGCUUCAGAAGUCAAAUGGUUAUGCUCCUUGCUCACUGAACUUGGCAUUCGUGUCAACUGGCCACCGGUUAUUUAUUGUGAUAAUGUAGGUGCAACCUAUCUGUGUGCCAAUCCAGUUUUCCACUCCAGGAUGAAGCAUAUUGCUAUUGAUUACCACUUCAUCCGAGAACUGGUUCAGUCUGGAGCUCUUCGAGUUGUUCAUGUCUCUAUACAUGAUCAAAUUGCUGAUGCCUUAACCAAGCCCUUGUCCAAAGCUGUGUUCAACGAUUUCUCAUCCAAGAUUGGAGUCACCAAGGCUCCUCCAUCUUGA